AUGGAUGCUGAAACGGAGGGACUACCACCCAAUAACACCGUCGUCGAGGUGACAAGCGCCGAAACGGAUUUAGCUACCCGACGUCGCCUCUUCAAGACACAACCGUCGACAUUGGCCUCGCGGCGUCAGCAGGCGGUGUGUGUACGAAGGGCGCAUAAAAUGUAUGGAAGUGGCAAAAAUCCGAAUGUCGUGUUGGAUGGCCUGAAUAUGACUGUUCCUAACGGCUGUAUUUAUGGCCUUUUGGGCGCUUCAGGCUGUGGCAAGACAACAUUACUUUCGUGCAUUGUUGGAAGACGUCGCUUGAACUCCGGAGAAAUAUGGGUACUCGGCGGCCGGCCAGGCUCCAGAGGUUCUGGUGUACCGGGCCCGCGAAUUGGAUAUAUGCCUCAGGAAGUUGCACUCUAUGGCGAGUUCACUUUGCGCGAAACGCUAAUCUACUUCGGCAUAAUUGCGGACAUGCCCCGCAACGAAAUCGAUGACCGCACCGAGUUUUUGCUGAAAUUUCUGAAUCUGCCAAAUGGCUCGCGACAGGUGAAAAAUCUUAGUGGUGGCCAACAGCGUCGCAUGAGUUUGGCUGUGGCAUUGUUGCACGAACCGGAAUUGUUGAUACUUGACGAGCCGACAGCGGGUGUGGAUCCGGUAUUGCGGCAGAGCAUCUGGGAUCAUUUGGUUGACAUAACAAAAAAUGGGAAUACAACUGUGAUAAUCACAACACAUUAUAUCGACGAGUGCGCUCAGGCACAUGUGAUUGGCCUCUUACGUGGCGGGCGCAUGCUUGCCGAGGAGUCGCCCAACCUUUUACGCCAACAAUAUAAUGCCAGCUCACUGGAGGAAGUCUUUCUCAAGUUGUCUGUGUUGCAGAAUAUGGGACGUCGGCGUCGUUCGUCGAUUGCACAGGAAAUUGUCGAACAAGUGCAAGUGCCAGCCAUUUCCAAUCCAGCUUUGGAUAUGUCAGAUGAGCAUAAUACUGCAGAUAUCUCUGGUGAAUUUGGUGAUAAUAUAUCAAUGAAUUCGGCGAUACGUGAUCCAAUAACAGCAGCAGAGAUACCAGCUUCACCGCUGCCGCCGGAGAAGGAGCCACCAACAUCGAUAUUGCAGCACUUGAAUGUGAUUAGUGCGCAUCAUAUGCGUGCGCUGAUAUGGAAGAACUUCUUGUGGAUGAUGCGCAAUGUGGGUAUUAUGCUCUUUAUAGUCGCCUUGCCUGUAGUACAGAUCAUUCUUUUCUGUUAUGCCAUUGGACACGAUCCCACCGGUCUCAAGUUGGCUGUUGCAAAUGGUGAACUCUCAGAACAAAUGGCUAUCGAUCAAUUUUGUCCAGUUUAUCCGGGUUGUAAUCAAACCUAUUUGAGUUGUCGCUAUUUGGAUAUGCUGAAGAAGAACAAGAGCAUGCGCGUAAAGUACUACCACACUGAAGCUGAAGCUAAUGAGGAAGUGCGUCUCGGCAAUGCCUGGGGCGCUCUAGUUUUCGAUAGGAACUAUACGGAUGCUUUGCAUGAACGCGUGGAUAAUGGACGUUAUGCCGAAAACUCUACCAUUGAAGCCUCCGAUGUGAAUGUGCGCUUAGAUAUGUCAAAUCAGCAAAUCUCCACACUACUCUACCGCGAUCUACAGUACACUUUCUUCGAUUUCGUCGAACGCAUACUCGAAGACUGCGAAUUGAACCCGAGGAUUGGCCGCAUACCCAUCGAUUGGCAACAGCCCAUUUACGGCACAAACAAUCCGAAUUUCACCGACUUUGCCGCACCGGGCGUCAUCCUAACCAUAAUUUUCUUCCUUUCGGUAGCCAUUACAUCGGGUGCCAUGUUGAUCGAACGCAACGAGGGAAUGUUGGAACGUUGCUUGGUGGCCGGCAUUACCGGUCCCGAGAUACUUUUCUCCCAAGUGCUCUCACAAUUCACCGUCGUCAUAUUGCAAAUGUCUUUUGUGCUACUCGUCAGUUUUGGUUUCUUCGAUCUGACCAACGAGGGCAGCAUGUGGCUGGUGAUAGGACUCUGUCUGCUAAAUGGGCUGUGUGGCAUGUGUUUUGGAUUUGUGAUUGCGUGCGCAGUGGACACGGAACGCACCGCCACCUAUGUAGCGUUGGGCUCAUUCUUGCCAAUUGUGAUGUUGUGUGGCAUCAUCUGGCCCAUUGAGGGAAUGUAUCCGGUAUUGCAGUACAUAACCACCUUCUUGCCACUGACUAAGCCGACCGAGUGCCUGCGUUCGAUAUUGCAACGCGGUUGGGGUUUCGCCGAACCAUCUGUGCAUAAUGGCUUCAUCUCGAUAUCGCUGUGGGUGAUAGUAUUCUUGGUGCUCAGCAUUUUAUUCCUCAAAUUCAAGAAGGGCUGAAUUGGUGAUAGCAACGGGACGGUAGUGUGUGUGUAUAUGUGUGGGUGUGUGUACGUCUUUAGGGCGUAGAACAUACAAGGUAUAGCGCGUUACGGUAUUUUUCGGUUACAGGGUAAUAAAAAACAACAUUCACCUAUUCGAAGUACAUACAUAGGUGUCUACAAACCACGAAUUUAAUGCGAUAAUAAUAAAUGUUUGUAUGCAUCUAUGUAUGUAUGAAAGCAUAAUAUAUUUGUAGUGUUAUGCUUUCAUUAAUUCGUUAGUUUCUUGGGGGACUUUUACACUGCGUUGGCACACAAAGUUGGCAGUCGACGUAUAAUUUUUUUUUCAACUUUUGGGAGGUUUCGUAGAUGUAAGGCACAAGGAUUUUAAUGUACUACAUAAUAUGUAAAUAAUGUUUAAAUGGGUUAAGUAAAUAGACACGAACAAAAAAGAAAAUCUAAAAUACAUACUUAUAUUGUACACACUUACUCUUAAAAUUUCGUAUUCAUGCAUACGCUUACAUAUAAAUAUACAAGUGUUUGUAAUAUGUGUAUGUGUAUUUUGUAACUGUAAUUUAUGCAAUAAAAUUUAUA